ACCGCAGGUAAGAGGGUGAAACGGUCACUGGAUAUGCAGUAUGGCAACAUGUUUCCGUCAGCGCUUCUAUCGGAAGAAGCAGCAGAAAAGUGAACAAUUUGCCUGACACACCAUAUGAUGGAAUAAGUAACGUCAGAGCAACCUGUCGAGGAGAUAAAAGGGACGCUGGAACAUUAACAUGGGCAAGCUACAGGAGGACAACCCGGCUGACCACAAGACAGGCGACCCUGGAAAUAAGAGCUGUGAGCAGGAGCCGGUCACAGCCUGUCUGCUGAGUGCAGCCUUCUUCGGUGCCCUGGGCUCUUCUUUCAUUUACGGCUACAACCUCUCCGUGGUCAACGCCCCUGCUUUGUUCAUUAAAGCUUUCUACAAUAAGACAUGGAUCGAGAGAUACGGGGAGCCCAUUGCAGCAGAGACAGCCACCCUCCUCUGGUCCAUCACUGUGUCCAUCUUCGCCAUCGGAGGCCUUCUCGGAGCGCUGUCAGUCUCUUCUAUCAUCAGAGUGCUGGGAAGAAAGGGAACCUUGCUGCUGAAUAACGGCUUUGCUGUCAUAGCUGCUCUGCUGCUGGCCCUGGGCGAGACGGCAAAGUCGUUUGAGAUGCUCAUUGUUGGCAGGUUUAUUAUUGGAGUAGACUCGGGUAUCGCUCUCAGCGUGCUUCCUAUGUACCUGGGAGAGAUAACACCAAAACAUAUCAGAGGUUCCAUUGGUCAGUUCAACUCUAUCCUGAUCUGCUUGGGAGUGUUCACAGGGCAAGUGCUGGGGCUGCCAGAGCUGCUGGGACAGGUGUCCCGGUGGAACCACCUGUUUUCCUUCCUGGCGGUGCCAGCGGUGCUGCAGCUGUGUGUGCUGCCCUUCCUCCCCGAGAGCCCUCGCUUCCUGCUGAUGGAGAGGAGGGAUGAGGCCGGAGCAGAGAGAGCCUUCCAGAGGUUUUUGGGAAAGAAGGAUGUGUCCCAGGAGCUGGAGGAGGUCCAUGCAGAGGCUCGAGCUCAGGACAACGUACAGAGAGCAUCUGUGUUACAGCUGCUGAGGAACCCAGCUGUGCACUGGCAGCUCAUCACCAUCAUCAUCACCAUGGCCUGCUAUCAGCUCUGUGGCCUCAACGCUAUCUGGUACUACACAAAUGGGAUCCUUCUGGAGGCAGGCUUUGCCAAGAACAUCAUCCCCUACAUCACACUGAGCACCGGGGCCAUUGAGACUUUGGCUGCCAUCGCCUCAGGCUUAGUGAUAGAGCGAAUUGGGAGGAAGCCCCUCCUUAUAUUUGGUUUCGCUGCCAUGGCCGUGUUCUUCAGCCUACUCACGGUGUUCCUCAAUUUCCAGGACAGUGUGUCAUGGAUGCCCUACCUCAGCUACAUCUGUAUACUGGCUGUGAUUGCUUCCUUUUGUUCUGGGCCAGGUGGCAUCCCCUUCAUCCUGACCGGGGAGCUGUUUGAACAGUCCUACCGACCUGCUGCCUUCAUGAUUGCCGGCACCGUAAACUGGCUGUCCAACUUUGCUGUGGGCCUCCUGUUCCCCUUCGUUCAGGAGAAGCUGCAGUCCUUCGCCUUCCUGGUGUUUGUGGUGGUAUGCAUUUUGGGAUCUAUCUACCUUUACUGCGUCCUGCCUGAAACCAAAAAUAAAACAUUUAUGGAUAUCAGUGAGAGCUUUGCCAAGAUCAACAAAAUCUCUGUCGCCGCCCCCGCCCAAGAAAUGGAGCUGGUUCUGUCCAUGAAGCCCAACGUCAACGGGAAAGCCCAAGAUGUCGCUAAGAUGGAGAGUUCCUCCUAGCUGUAUGACCAGCUAUGACCGUAGAUAAACAGGGUUAAAAUAUAAACUGAGAGUACUUUGUACAUAUUUAUUUAAUGACUGUGAUCAACAAGCUAAAAAUUCAUGCUUUUGGGCAGUUUUCAUGUUGUAGAAAUGUAGGUGUUUUGUAAACAUUUUGUAUGACUGAAAUGUUUGGGAAUUUUGUGGUAUUUAGUUUACAGCAAAAAGUUUUUAUGUCUUUUUUUGUAUCAAAAUUAAACCCAAAUGUCAUGUUCUGUUUAACAGUCAAAAUACUGAAUAGAACAUAAUACAUUGCAGGCGGUUCAGCACUUGCAAAAGGGAUAAUAAAGUGGAUAUAGGUGGCUUGCAUUAAAUAUUCAUGUAAAGUGUACUCACUGCAAUAUUAAACACUAACUUUUCAA